CUGCGUUCCUCUGUUUUAGACGGCGAGCCGGAUGCUGACGAGCGGCUGUGCGUCUUGGAGAGGGCAGGGACGCUGGAGACGCGCAGCAGCAGGAUCAGCAUCAACAGCUCCUCACAGUCUGCUUGGGUUCGGAUCAGCAGCUUUCGGGUAUCGCUGGCUGUCAGAACGGACUGUGGGAUGCACACCGACGACCUCCAUCUCUGCGUCUCUCCCUGAGAUCCCAUCAAGUCAUGUCUGAAACACAGCGAUGGGCAAGUUCGACGACAACGAGAGGAUAAUCCUCAACGUCGGGGGUACCAGGCACGAAACCUACAAGAGCACCCUGAAGACCCUGCCGGGGACGCGACUGGCCCUGCUUGCCUCUGACUCGGAUAUCGACUCCGUGCUGGAUCAGCUGCAACAAGUCCCCGGCUUUAUCGAGUACAACGCGCGGACCAACGAAUACUUCUUCGACCGCCAUCCGGGCGUCUUCGCCUACGUGCUCAACUACUACCGCACCGGGAAGCUCCACUGCCCGGCGGACGUGUGCGGACCGCUGUUCGAGGAGGAGCUCUCCUUUUGGGGAAUCGAUGAGACGGACGUGGAGCCCUGCUGCUGGAUGACCUAUCGGCAGCACAGGGACGCGGAAGAGGCGCUGGACGUGUUCGAGCUCAACGUGGACAACUGCGAGGAGGACGACGAGAUUGGGAAGAGGCUGGGGAUCGAGGACGUGGCCGCGGACGGGAAUGUCAGCCUGUGGAGGAAAUGGCAGCCGGUGAUCUGGAACCUAUUCGAGGAUCCGUACUCUUCCAGGGCGGCGCGGUUUAUUGCCUUUGCAUCUUUGUUCUUCAUCCUGGUCUCGAUCACCACCUUCUGCUUGGAGACCCAUGAGGCUUUCAACAAAAUCAUCAACAAGACUGACGUACGGAACAGCAGCGAGCCUGACCCGGUUCCACAGUACGAGAUUGAAACUGAUCCUGCACUCACGUAUGUGGAGGGUGUUUGCGUGUUCUGGUUCACGAUCGAGUUUCUCGUGCGUGUGACCUUCUGCCCAGUCAAACUGGAAUUUAUUAAGAGUGUUCUCAACAUCAUUGACUUUGUGGCUAUUCUGCCCUUUUACCUGGAGGUAGGGCUGAGUGGCCUUUCUUCAAAGGCCGCCAAGGAUGUGUUGGGUUUUCUCAGGGUGGUGCGUUUUGUUCGGAUUCUACGUAUCUUCAAGUUAACACGUCAUUUUGUAGGCCUUAGGGUGCUGGGCCAUACAUUGCGGGCCAGCACCAAUGAAUUUCUGCUGCUAAUCAUCUUCCUGGCAUUGGGAGUUUUGAUUUUUGCCACCAUGAUAUAUUAUGCUGAAAGAAUUGGUGCCAAGCCCAAUGACCCCACGGCCACCGACCAUACCAAGUUCAAGAAUAUCCCCAUUGGCUUCUGGUGGGCCGUGGUGACCAUGACUACUUUGGGCUAUGGAGAUAUGUAUCCAGAGACCUGGUCAGGCAUGGUGGUGGGAGCGUUAUGUGCUUUAGCUGGUGUACUGACAAUAGCCAUGCCUGUCCCCGUUAUUGUCAAUAACUUUGGAAUGUACUACUCUUUGGCCAUGGCUAAGCAGAAGCUGCCCAAGAAAAGGAAGAAACACAUCCCUCAGGUAGUACAGGGAAGUUCUCCAACAUACUGUAAAGGUGAACUCAACAUGACCUGCAACAGUACCCAAGGUGACUUGUGCCAUGUCAAAGGGGGUAGAGUACUAGAACGCAACCGUUCAGUUCUGUCAGCAGACUGCAGCGCUGGCAGCGACCUGAGCAUGUCUACAGAGGAGAUGGUCCCCAUGCGAAGGUCCAGUACCCGGGAACAUGAUCGCCAAAGUGGGGGGACAUGUUUCCUCCUUGCUGCUAGUGACUAUACGUGUCCCGCUGAUGGAGGGAUGAGAAAAACAGGUAACUGCAUGUGCUAUGAGAAGUCCCGGAGCUUAAACAACAUUGCUGGCAUGGCCGGCAACACCCUGAGGUUGUCUCCUGUGAACUCGCCCUACGGAUCACCCUGCCCGCUGCGCCGCUCCCGCUCCCCUAUCCCAUCCAUCCUGUGAGGCAUCCAGCCUUUAGUUGCCUAACACGCUCUCCCUUAAAAGAAAACCCUUCCUUGACAUCAUGUCUGAACUCUUCAUUUUAUUGUGACUAAAAGACACUUGCUUGCUUUGCAGCUCAAACUAAUGUUGAUAGCCUGGCAAUCUCAGCAAGUGAAAAGAACAUGUGCUAACAUCCUUAAGUAACAUGAUUGUUCUGCUUUGUCACUUGGAGUUCCCUUUAGGUUGAUGGUAUUGUAAUUUGAGACUUGCAAUAAAGGAACUCUGACUGAAGUAGCAGCCAUACAUAUGUGAUCCAUAUUACUAAUCAGGGAUAUUAGAUGUUGCUAUAUUUAGAUAUCAUCAACAAAAAUGUGCUUCCAGGAACAAAAAAGAUGUCACAACAAUUCAACCCCACAUGACUGUAACUUCACUUUAUGAUUUGGUGUUAUUUUUGGGUUUGAAACAUGGUGAAAGGGUGCAAAUACACCAAGAGUGUAGGUUUCAUCUCAUACCGGGCUGGCCCUGCUCAUAUUUGGGCAAGGAUCUUCUUUGGCAAACAGUGUGAAGGAGGGAGGAGGGGCUGGGAGUCAUCAUCUAGAAAAGAUUGAGGAUUUAUAUGCAUACAUACACAAAGAUGUGUCUUUAUUUCAGUUUUACAGUGUUGGGUUUAUGUUAUUGCUUUUUUCCACUGAGUGCCACCAAACUUGCUGUUGUUCUGGUUGUUUACUGGCAGAUAACUGCAAAGAAGUGGUCUUUACUGGUUUCACACAAGCAGAGAGCAACGUUCUAUCUUAAUGGCUUUGGGAGGUGGAACCACCAUGGCAGAAAGUGGGAUAAGACUGUCGUCAGUAAUGAUGACCUAUUGCAGCGGGAGACCCCCAUUCGGAGCCACGAGCCCACUGCUACAGGAAUGGAGGAGCCAGCGCAGAAGCAAAUGACUGACAGCAACCCAGCUUAAUGUUCUGCCAACAAGGAAGGGACUUAUUGGUAAAACAAACAAAAAGAAAAGAUUUCUGGGAGGACUUUAGAAUGUUAAGCCCUCUUACAUUAUCCUGACUCAUUUUUCUGUUCCUGUUUUGGAGCAAGAGGGAAAAAACUGGUCCUUAAAGUGAAAGUUUAUGUAAUAGACAUUGCUCCUGUAAAUACAACAACUGCAGCACAUCUGGGUCAAGUGGCUCCGUCCACACAUUUGUCUUUUGAUGAUGAGUCAGGUAUCACGGUGGAUGGUAUGGUAGCUAUGUAGUGUCGUAACACUCGACAUCAAUCACUUUUCUAGCUGUGGUAUUUCCUUCCCAUUGCAAUAAGUGUAUUAAGAUGUAUCAGUUAAGGCACUUUGUGUUUUGAAAAUGGAGUGUAAUCAUAUAAGAUACUCUACUUAAGGUAUAUACAGUGUAGAGAGACAUAUGUGCUAAGUUGAAUAAAUACAACAUCACAGCCAUUUCUGCUCAUUUAUUAUUUGGUAACAUCAGGCCCUGUCCACACUAAUGCAGGUAUUUUACAAAACCUUGAUUUGUUUCUUUGUUUAUACUUCCCAUCCAAACAUAAAUUGAGUUUUUAUUAGAAGAAAUCUGUGAUUAAAAAAUGUGUUUGGGUUGCAUACAUACAGAGUGGAUAAAGAAAAACAAAGAGCCCACUUAGUACAUUCUGACUUUGGCUUUCUGUACCAGAAACUGCUCUGGGUCAGUUCUAAUUCAUACCAUAUUUCAGACCUAUGCAUUACCAUUUUGUCCCUUCCUAUAUCCACUUUAGAUUUAUAAGCAAACACAUUUCCCCGUAUUCUUAAACCACGUCAUAAUAGUUUAUUUUUUGCUGUUGAACUAUUUUCAUAAAUUAAGAAAAUAAAUGGGGAAGGCAUAUAUUGUCCCUCCAAUGUGUCCUGGGUCUAACCCGAGAUCUGCAACCAGUGGGAUAUGCCGAGAAAACCCUCUUAGAAGGCAUCCCAAACGGAUACAGGAACCCUCUCAACUGUAUCCUUUCUAUGCCUAGGUAACUGUGUGGCUCUGCUCUAAACUCCCCAAGAUAAUAGAGCCAUAGACAUAUACUAUCUCUAUGGGUGAGCCCAGCUCUUUCUUGACCACAACAGACUUGCAAGACUGCACGCCUAAAAAGCUAAGAGCAAUGUUGUCUGGUACUUCAGCCACUGGUAAGGUCUACCAUGGCAAAAUGGCCUCAGUAAAUGGGUCAGAUAAAGAGAAAUUUGACGACUUCAAUGCAUGGCUGACCACAGAAAAUGGCAAAACCUUGGCUCCCCCUGCUCUGCCAGGCUGACCCUAUAAAAGCUACUGGAACCCCCUUCCAGGUAUUCCCACCCCCUGCAGAAAGGGAUGUUAAAUGGUUGCUAUGGGAGUCCAGUAGCAAGCUAGGCUCGAGGACCCAGACAGGUCAUUUUCUUAGUUCUAAUUUAAUUAAGUUUUUAUUCCUAUUCUAGCCAACCGACCCAUAAAAUAUGACAGUUUAUGAUCUUUGAUCAAACUCAAACAAAUAUCAGUUGUCAGAAUGGGUACAAAACAUCCCAAAAUCAGGUACAAAUUGACACAUUAUCAUACAAAUAGAUGUCACCAAAUUCAGGUUCUAAAUGAUCAAAUCUGUAGAGGUACGAAAUGGCAUAGCUGUGAAUUGCUGCAAAAUAUGUGAAAGAAAACACAACAGCCUGAAAUGUAAAAAAAUAUAUAAAAAUUAUUUCACAUCUUUAUCGCUUUAUUCUACCUCUAUGUCCAUUGAACGUCAAAUGUAAUAGGAAACAGUUAGCCUAUCACUUCCUUAGCCAUGCUCAUUGUCUGCUUUCAAAAUUUAAUGUAGUGAAUGUCGACAAUAUUGCCACCUACUGGUGCAGAAUUGAUAUAUUAGCUUUUCUGAUUGGAAUGUUUGCAGAACGUGCAGAAAGGAAAAAAAUAUCUAUUGAAACAAACAUCUGGUGUGGCGUAGCGGGGACCUCAGUAGGUUAAGUGCUCUACCGUAUGUAAAUGUGUGUGUGUCCUAAAACUAGGUUGUGAGUUACGGUUUAAAAUACUGGGUCAGGGAGGACCAGUGAGUGGACCUGAUGUGGAAUCUUCUAGUUCGUUUAAACACAAACCUGAAUGAGACAGAGCUCCCCAUGUGAUACAGCUGACAUUGUAAAAGCCCCCUCCCACCCCCUUUCUGGUGCAUUUAGUGCUGCAUAUAUUUCUCUCUUUGUAAACCAAAUUACUCUAACAUUAUUCCUCAUAUUUUCUGGUCUCUACAGAACAACUACAUGACCAUGUAUGGGGAUGGAGCAAAAGUGUAGCAGAAAUUUACCACGUUCCACAGUGGGACUUCUACAGUGGUACACAUCUGCACCGUAGCAAUCCUGUGUACCCACAUGAUCAGAUAAGAUUUGCAAUAAGCAAAACGAAAAAGAACCGACCCGCACUGUGAUUUCAGCAGCCAGUUAAAGUAGGAAUGUAAACAGAAAAGCAAGGAAAGAAAAUGAAGCCCCAAAACCGGCUGUUGGUAGCGACCUGUACAGUUAUAGGUUAGCUGUUGAAUUAUCACCCUGUACACACAAUCCUCCUUGUGUAGUAACCACGCUGCUUUACUCUUUUGAAUUGUCAAAGGAGAACCAUUCUUGUGUAAUUCUAAGAUGAUGUUGUGACUUGAAAACAAAAAAAGGUGUUUAUUUUUUUUAUCCAGAACAUGUAUUUUUGUGUCUUACUGUUGACUACAUUGCUCUGAAUGGUAAAAGUCAUGGUAGUCUGACGGUGUGCUUCUCCACUGUGUGUUCAAACUGUUCAAGCUUUAGAUCCACAUUCAUGUUUUGUAUGUUUUACUGUGAGGAAAAUUCUAGUUUUAAGUGUGUAUUUGUGGAGCUUUUUGUUGUCAUUCUAAAAUGCAUGCUAAAAAAAUGAAAUCACUAUGUCAAACUGUACAAAAAAAAAGAAAUGACCUACUGUAUAACACGCUGUCUAUAGAAUUAAGGUAAAUGCUAUGUGAAAGGCUCACAUAAACUAUUUAUCUUUUA